AUGUCAUUUGCUGAUAGUUUUUGGACCCCAGAUUACAUCCAGGGGUUUCAAACCCUCUUUACCCAAUUGAACGAGGGUGUUCAGGAAAACGAAGACCACAUUAAACUUUUUAGUAAAAGAAUGGAGCUGGAACAACUUUAUGGCUCGUCAUUACAGGCUCUUGCCUCCGACACGAACUUGAAACCUACAAGCAAACGAUAUUUCAAUGACGAUUAUGUCUCCACUAUCAAAAAUUCAUAUGGAGAAUUGAAAGAGAAUUUUGCCAAGCAGGGCCAGUACCAUCUUAAUGUUGCAGAAACUAUUGAUGUUACAGUGCUUCAGCCAUUUGAGAAAUGGAGCGGCGAGCAUGAAGAAAGAGUCGCCUACUCUGUCAGCACUGUUAAUGAUGAAUACAAGAAAUUAAAGGCUCAGCAAUUUCAAGUUGAAAAGAUCCAAAAAAAGUAUUUCAACAAGUGCAGAAUGGUGGAGGAGUUUAAAAGCCAAUAUCUGGAACAAGAAUUGCAAGAAGAAUUGAAUGAUGUAGCUUUCCAAAAGAAAAUUUCGGAGAACAAUGCAUCUAACGGGGGUGCAGAAGAACAAGAACAAAAACAAAAAGAGCCAUUGUAUGAGUUUGCACAUGCCGAGAUUGACCACCACAAAAUUGAGCAGUUGUUAUGUGCCAUGUUGAACUCUGUACCACGAGUUUCCCACAAAGUUGCCAUACUUGGUACGUACCACAAUGUCUCUACUGGUAGUGCAAUUACGCAAUGGGCAUUGGACAAUGUUGCUGAACUUGACAAGAAUUUGGAAAAGGCUGAAAAAUUUGGACAGGAUUUGAUAAAGAAUGAGUUUAUCCGAAUAGUUGGCUCAAUGGGCAAAUCAUUCAUCAAUUCAUCUCAGUUUUACUAUCAAUGGAAACCAAAAGCAUUUGAAAUAGCCAAAGUAUCACCAGGUGUCGAGAAUGAAGCUAGUGGUAAUAAUAAUAACAAGUCUUUUUCAAGUUUUGGGCAGUUCAAUCUCGAUGAUAUGAAAGAUGCCAUUGGCGUUGGCGGAGUAGACUACAAGGACAUUUCACAGUAUCCGAAAUUGGUCAAGGAUGUAGAACUCCUCAACAAUCAAUACUACGAGAAAGUAGCAGAGUUGGAUGUCACAAGAUGCAGGUUCGAGGAGUUGGUUAUGGACCACCUCACGUUUAUGCAAAAGUGCGAACUCGAUAGAUUAAGAGCCAUAAAAAAAGUCACUUUUGAUUUUAUCGCUAGCUUCAAAUACAAACACAAUCACUUACAAACAGUUUUCCGCGACUUGGACUUGAUUGAGGAGACUAUUAAUCCAAUUAAUGACUUGAAGUUUCUUGUUGAAAAUUAUGCCACUGGCCAUUUCCGUCCACAGGUGACUUUAUACGACAACUAUUAUGAGUCCAACAUCAAGCAAACAUUUGGUGUUGACUUGAAUGUGAAAUCGAGACUUGAUAAAAAGGUCGUUCCCAUCUUGAUCCAAUGCAUAUUGAGCCAUUUGGACAAUAUAUAUCCAGAUUUGAAAGAUGACGAGGAAAGGAUCAAUAUCUGGACGCAACCUAUACAUUUAUCGGAAGUACACAAAUUGAGAUUAUUGCUUAAUGGUGUCGAUGACCCUGUUCAGAUCAACAAGAUACUCAUGCAGACACCUCCCAUUGUUGUAACAAAUGUUCUCAAGUUGUACUUUAUGGAAUUACCCGACUCCAUUAUCCCAAGCAACUUUUACGAUGUAAUUAAACUUGUUUACAUUAAUAAUCAAGAUGACUCGCAGCGCGAUUCUCGAAUCAAUGGUUUGCAAAAUGUUUUGGCAGAGACAUUUAAAUCCAAUUUGGCCACGUUAGAUGCGUUGCUUACACAUCUAAAAAGACUUAUUCAAAUUAUUGGCUCAAAGGACAAGACAGCAGCAAAGAAUUUACAAGGCGGACUAUGCAACGAGUUUGGCAAAUUGGUGAUACGACCAAGACCUGCAACUGAUCUUUUCCCAGAUAGCAACCAUCGUCAGAACAUGAAUGAUAAGCAUGCUGUUAUGAUCAUACAGGAUCUCUUUAGGUAUAAGGAUCAGAUAUUCAAUGAGUUGAAACGAAAAAGCUCGAAAGCAAAAAGCAAUGGCUCAUCAUCAUCUUCUUCAUCAUCCUCAUCGAUAUUGCACCGUGCCUCUAGUGGUAGUUCGUCUGCCAGUGCUAGUGUGAGUCGUGAGGCAUCUGCUACAUCUAGCAGACAGAGGACUGCAACUGGAGAUCUUGCUUCUACAACAAGUGUACAUGCACACCAGCCACUUACACCUGGGGAAAAUCUUGCUGCAAAAUCCAAGUCGAGGUUAGAAUCUAGAUUGAAGAAUGCAGUGAAGCAAAGAGAUCUAGCAUCAAAACCAUUAGAAAGCAAAGAUGAUGGUGAUGUUGAUCAUAAUAACAAUAAUAAUGAUAAUGAUGAUGUUGAGAAGAAACCAAGAAAAGAGGAAGAAGAAGAAGAAGAAGAACAAAAGCAAGAAGUGAAGAAAAAGAAGGAAGACAAUAAAAAAGACAAGCCAUUGCCUGAUCCUACUUAUGUCGAGGCACCUUCAACCCCACCACAACCGGUAUCUUCUAUGUCGACACCUUCCAAAUCGCCAAUUUCUUUAAAACGCUCAACUUCACCCAAAAAGAAAAGGUUAAGUAGUAUGUUGCUCGAUGAAAUGGGAAACUAG